CACCUAUCAGCUCGGCGCGCUCGCGCCCGCGCGCCCCAGGCUGAGGCGCAGCCGUUUGGGGAGGAGAAGGGACGGAGGCGGCGCCUGCGUGUGGAGCCCCUAGGGGUGGCAGGGCAGGGAGAGCGGCGAGGAGUAAACUGAGGCACAGCCUUGGCGAGAGGAGGGGGAGGCUGGCGGAUUGGGAGUCCUAGUCUGUGGGAGGGGGCUGCCCCGCUGACUGUGGGGCGGCCAACCGACGGCCAACGCUGGAUUUGUAGGCAAUUUUAACCCCCCCCCUUCCCUUGCACUGUUUUUGAGCAAGGAGGGUCCUGCCUCCUCCCCCCCCCCCCCGCUUUGUGGUAUUUGGUGGCGCUCUUUCUUAAAAACAGCCCCUUUCGCCUCUCAGACUCCCCCCCCCCUCCAAGAUGGGUUGCACCCUGAGCGCGGAGGACAAGGCGGCGGUGGAGAGGAGCAAAAUGAUCGACAGGAACCUGCGGGAGGAUGGCGAGAAGGCGGCCAGGGAGGUCAAGCUGCUCCUCUUGGGAGCUGGUGAGUCUGGAAAAAGCACAAUUGUCAAACAAAUGAAAAUUAUCCAUGAAGCUGGUUAUUCAGAAGAAGAAUGUAAACAGUACAAAGCUGUUGUCUACAGUAAUACAAUCCAAUCUAUUAUUGCUAUUAUUAGAGCAAUGGGACGGUUAAAGAUAGACUUUGGGGACUCUGCCAGGGCUGAUGAUGCCAGGCAACUCUUUGUUCUGGCUGGAUCGGCAGAGGAAGGUUUUAUGACAGCAGAACUUGCUGGCGUUAUCAAGAGAUUAUGGAAAGACUGUGGUGUUCAAGCUUGCUUUAACAGAUCCAGAGAAUAUCAGCUCAAUGAUUCUGCAGCUUACUACUUGAAUGACUUGGACAGGAUAGCCCAAACGAGCUACAUCCCAACACAACAGGACGUUCUCAGGACUCGAGUGAAAACUACAGGAAUAGUGGAAACCCACUUUACUUUCAAAGACCUCCAUUUUAAGAUGUUUGAUGUUGGAGGUCAACGAUCAGAACGGAAAAAAUGGAUUCACUGCUUCGAGGGAGUUACAGCCAUAAUUUUUUGUGUGGCACUCAGUGAUUAUGACUUGGUCCUUGCUGAAGAUGAGGAAAUGAAUAGGAUGCAUGAGAGCAUGAAAUUGUUUGACAGCAUCUGCAACAAUAAAUGGUUUACAGACACCUCUAUUAUCCUCUUCUUAAAUAAGAAGGAUCUCUUUGAAGAAAAAAUCAAAAGGAGUCCUCUCACAAUUUGUUACCCAGAAUAUGCAGGAUCAAAUACAUAUGAAGAGGCAGCUGCAUAUAUCCAGUGUCAAUUUGAGGACUUGAACAAGAGAAAAGAUACAAAGGAAAUUUAUACUCAUUUCACAUGUGCCACAGAUACAAAAAAUGUGCAGUUUGUUUUUGAUGCUGUAACUGAUGUUAUCAUAAAGAACAACCUAAAAGACUGUGGCUUAUUCUAAAAAAUUACAUAAAAUUGUCUUCUUUUUUCCUUCUUUUUUCCUUCUUUUUUGAUUUUGCAUUAACCAAAUGAGAUAGAGAGAGCUCUUUUAAAGGCCAUGAAUGUUUAUGUAUUUUUAUUUAUACGUUCUAAUCCUGGUCUUGAGUUGAGUUUAAGAAUUUGUUCACAAAACUCAAAUUUACUGGUUUAACUGGUUACAAAUGCAAAAUAAGGACUAGACCAAUACAAUACUUUCUAAUUUGAACAGCUUUAUUUAUGUUUGUUGUAUAGGUUUAAAUAAUAUUUGGCAACAAUCAAAUUAGUUUGAUUAUCUGUUAACUUGUGACUAUGUAUGUUUUAUAUAAACAUUGAACAAUAUUUUAAUAACUUGGUGUCGCCUAUAGGGUUUCCACAUUUUAAGAGUUGCUUGUGAUUUGGACUCAAAUUCUUUGCCGUUUUCUUUAUUUAAAUGGACCCCUUUACAAAAUCUUAUUUUGCAUGUUGCCUUAUUCCUCCUUUUAAAUUGUAUUAGUAGAUCUGUAAGUAGUAUGGUAGUAUCUUUUUAUGGUAUAAAAGAUCCUUUACUCCUGCUCAGGAUUAAAUGGGGAAUGACCCAACCAUUUCCCCAUAAUUAGUUUUGCUCAAACUUUACUGCCACCUUGUGUCCUUUCUCUCCUAAAUAAUGCAGCAUUAAAAAGCUGAUGAGAACUAUGUCUGUGAAUCCAGCAUGUGGAAGCAAGGCGUUCUUGGAAUAGGGUAGAGUGCAUGAGCGCAUGCCCUUUACAUUCUUGACUUCUUUCUACCAUUGCUGGGAGCGUAACAUUGGAGUCCUGUGCAUGUAUGUACUGUGGUAUUAGAACUUCUCUCGUUGCCAUUUUGUUCCAAAGAGAAUGGCAUUGAAGCCAGAGGGGACAGUGGCAAUUUCAAAUUUCUUGAAAAUGGUUUAUCUGUAGGGAUUCUUUGCCUUUUCUCAGAAUAUUGGCUACAACCUUCUACUCGUCUCACAAAAUGUUAAUGCUACCUUUUCUAAUAUACAGUAUUCAUUACUCACUUUAAUAGGCACAAUACCUAUUUUAAUUGAAAUGCGCUUACAAGUUUGGGUUUGUCGCACUUUUUCAUAUAUGUCAACUUCCAGUAGUAACCUUCCAGUACUGCAACCACAUUGCAGUAACUUUGUGUUAACACUGUUAGCUAAAAUUCAGAAAGACCCGUCAGCAUGUACAAAACCUCCAUGGGGAUAGAUGGUGGACCCCUUCCCUUCUUUCGCUAGCAGCUCCUCAUAAGGGCCUGCUGCUUGGAGGGAGUAGCUGAAAAGACCUGGUACGUUCACAGAGCACCCCGCCCCCGACACACACACACAGAGUUUUAGAUUUCACUGAGGUUUUCUUGGCAACAGCUCCCAUGGUCACUUCUGAAGUGGCAAAAAAAAUGUUGAAAGUGGGUUGUAUCUUUAGGAAGAAGAGCUGCUGCAGGAGAAAAAAAACCCCUCUGCUUGAAUGUCCUAUGCCCUACUGCUACAUAUAAUAAUACUUUGAAUUACAGCCAUAUUGUUCAUUGCCUUAUGGCUAAUGCCAGUAAAGUUUUUUUAAUGCUUAUAAACAUGAAAUGAUAAGGGGGUUUUGUAAAUAAGUUUUGGUGUACCAUCCUUCCAUCAGCUAAAAGGUAAACAUCCCUAGUUCUGAAGUAUUGCUUUGUGCUGGUAUGUUGGAAGACUUUCCUACAUGAUAUAUUUUAUCAGUAACUCUUCCCCCAUUUUCCAAAAGAGGGAAAACACUUCUGAAACAACCUGUUCUGUGUUAAAUUUGAUGGUGUUCAGCCCUUGUAUAAUAAAUAAGUCUAGUAUUUUUUUAAUCUUCAAUUGUCUGAACUGUUAAAUUGCCAUUAAAUAAUUUUCUUGUUUGUCUAUGGGAUAACUAUUUAAAUUAUUAUCAUUAUUAGUUUAAUUUGCAUCUUGCCCUUCUAAGGAGUACAGGGCAAUUUUCAUGCAUAUGUUGACUGUAGAAAGAAACAGCAAGUCGUAUAUUAACAGUGGGCUUUGAGCAAGUCUAAACUGACUCUGUGUAAGUAUUAACAACAUAAAAUAGUUUGUGAAUUUGGAAACACUUAAAAGAGUUGUGAAGCAUAGUGCUGGGUUCCUAUGUCAUUGACGUAUUUGGUGGUAUUGUAUCUUAAGGUUAGAUUUUGUACAUUACUGUGUGUAUUUUUUUUAACCAAGAAAAUUAAAACUACAGAAGGAUUUCAAUCUAAGUUAUUUGUGCCUUGCCUGAAAGAAUAUUUUUUCAUUAAACUCAACUGAUGGAAAAUCUUCUGUAACCCUAACUGAAGCUGGAAAAAAAAUAAAAUUUGAAGUCAA